CGAGCGCUUAUACUUUACGAUCAUUAUUCAUUAUUCUGUCUAUCCAGUCAUUUACACUGUAACAAAUAUAUUUUUAUUAAUUAUUGUGCCUUUUGUUUAAAAAAAUCAGCGACUUUUUAUUUACUGUUAUACUAGCCUAGUGAUCGAGCGAUGUCAUCGGACAUAAAUAUGCAUACCGAAAAAUCCGAGUCAGGUGCUACUUACGGAGGAUGUGAAGGUCCAGAUGCCAUGUAUGUAAAGCUGGUGAGCAGUGAUGGUCAUGAGUUUAUCAUAAAGCGCGAACAUGCUUUGACCAGUGGUACAAUCAAAGCUAUGUUAAGUGGACCGGGACAGUUUGCUGAAAAUGAAGCCAAUGAAGUUAAUUUUCGUGAAAUUCCAUCUCACGUACUCCAAAAAGUUUGCAUGUAUUUCACCUACAAAGUGCGUUACACCAACAGCAGUACAGAAAUCCCUGAAUUUCCAAUCGCACCAGAGGUUGCUAUUGAACUGUUGAUGGCCGGUAAUUUCUUGGACUGUUAAAGACUUUAAUGUUACAUAAGCUUGCUUGUAACACGAAUAACAAUUAAUAAGAAUCUUUAGGCCUUACUACAAUGUAAACAUUUUACAAUUUUAUACAUUGCCAAUUGAAAUUCGUGUUACUUAAUAUUAUUUCAAUUAUUAUUUUUAUUUUAUCUAUUAGUGCAUACUUUUAUUUUAUCUGUAAUAAACAUACUGAAUAUACAGCUCAAUA